ACUUUUCCCACAACACGUGGGAGCCAGUUAAUGAUUCCACGCCUCUCCUCGCAGGUCAGAAACCCGUUUUUCUCCCUGCACAGCUCACGUUUCCAGACAUGUUUCCCGGGAUCUCCUCCUCGUUCCUCCUCCUCGCGGCGGUUCUGGGUCCAGUCGCCGGCGGGCCGCAGACGGGCCUCCGCCCCGACAUGACGGACCAGGAGCUGUUCUGGGGCACCGACCAAUACGACUUCUCCGUGGUGCUUCCUGCCGCCGGGCUCGAGUGCUUCUGGCACUUUGCUCACCGCGGGGAGAGAUUCUACCUGAGCUUCAUGGUCCAGUGGGUGACGGGAGUCGGCCAUGACAGACACCUGUCUGUCACCAUCAACGCUCCCAGCAGCGAGCUCCUGUCGACUGUCAAUGACGCAAAGGGUCAAAUCAACUUUGAGGCCCAAGAAACAGGUUUUUAUCAGAUGUGUUUCAGCAACUUCCACAACCGCUUCGCCACCAUGCAGGUGUUCCUCAGCUUCGGCGUUUACUACGAGGGCUACCAGGAGGAGAAGAAGAAGGAGGAGGAAGCCAGCAAAGACCUGAACAACACGCUGAGCUUCAUCGAGGACGCGACUCACAAAGUGGAGAAGCACGUCUUCCACAUCUUCCGCUACUACAACUUCGGCCGCAUGAGGAAGAGCGCCGACUACUUCCUGCUGCUGUCCAACUCGCGGUACGUGACCCGCUGGUCGGUCGCCCUCAGCCUCCUCGUGGUCACCUCCGGGUACCUGCAGCUCCUCUUCCUCCGGAGGCUCUUCGUCACGCGGGGCGGCGGCGCCGAGGAGGAGAAACCCCGCUGCUGA